AUGAAUGCCCCAAUUCUUUAUUUCUCCAGGAUGAACAAUAACGGUGACAUGACACCACAAUCAACGGUUUGCUAUGACACCACAAGCAAGGAGCUCUUCAAUGACUUAAUUGUCUACAGCUCGGUGGUGAUGUUUCUGCUUUUUGUCCUACCGUUUGAGGUUUGCAACGGCCUGAUGGUGAAGAAACUUCAGGAACCCGGUAUUGGUGGAGGUCCAAUGUCACAACACUUUAAGCAGAAGUCGGUGAAGAUGAUUAUUAUUGUGCUUCUGGCUUUCAUGUUGUGCUUCUUGCCUUUCCACGUGAACCGCAGUAUAUACUACACCUUCCGUUACCUGGACAAACAUGUGAGCUGCUCGAUGCUGGAGGCUGCCAGCAUGACCUACAAGGUCACGCGACCUCUGGCCAGCGCCAACAGCUGA